AUGGUCGUCACCAAAGAUUCCCCCCACCGACGACGCUCACUCGCCGUUGUCUCGAACAGCCAACCGGCAGCGGUUCCUCGGCGACGACGUGCACAUAGCAUCGCCCCCCGGACAAGUCUUAGUCCUCAAGCCAAAGCACGUCGCUUACUGGUGCCCAGGAAGAGUAUUCUCAAGACCUCAUUUACGGCGGAAGAACUAGACGAGAACGAUGGUACCCAGUCCAUGGAACUGACCAAAGUGCACGAUGCGUCGCGCAAGUCCCUGGGGUUCAAUCGGCGGGUUAGCUUUGCUGAACACGCUCAUGUUCGGAUUUUCCAAAUUCCAAACAAGGACCAUACCAAUUCCACAGGGUCUCCCCACUCAUCUCCCAGCUCUGCUUCUUCAGAACCUGAUGACCACUCACCCGCACAAGUCAAUGACGAGAACGACUAUCCCAACGCCGCCAACUUUGCUCGCCGACGUCGCAGUUCUGUUUGUACAUCUUUUGGAAGUGAUAUGGACCUCACCAGCGUUGGUGGUAUGUUGGGUGGGCCAGGGGAUAUUGGUUCGGCCAUCCUGGACGAAGAAUUUGACGACGAUAUGGAGAUGGACAUGAGUGACGACAUGGACGUCACCCAGGCCAUCCCUGCAAACAUUCGUAGGAGGUCCUCGGUUGCACCUGGAAGGAGGGAAACCUUGGGGCACCCACCAUCGGCAAUACUACAAAUGGAGGAGGACCAAGGGGAGGAUCCCGAUUUGACUCAGUCCUCUGUCGCCGAAGAUUCACUUAUCUCUGAAACGAGCAACGACGAUUCGCAGCAAAUGGAAUUCACGGUUCCGAUGGGCAAAUCCCUCCGACCGCCACCCGAACAAGACGCUGCAUGGUUGGCGCUGCGACAGGCGACCCAUUCGGGGGACACUUCAAUAGAGCCUCAGGAAGAGUCCUUUGAUGAAAGCCUUAUGCGUGCUCCCGCCCAGCCAGAAAUGCCCCUGGACAGCGCAAUCCAACGCUUGAUGCGGGCUCGAGAGUCUUUAUCUCAACAGUCGCAAUCACAGAGUUUAUGGGACGAAACGAACGAACUCAGCACGAUCCAGGAAGACACGGUUUCCAGUAUGGGAAGUAUAGACCACGACGAAGGGGGCAACAGUAACCACACUCUGAACAUAAGCAAGGUCAUGGGUCGUUUUAGUUUGGGCGGCAACAACCGCAUGAGCACUGGUGGAGAAAGCAAUAUGGACGAGUCGGAAGUGUAUGGCAACAUCGUUGCAGCUCAGUCGGGGCCCAGUCGACAGUCCUUUGCCCCCCCUCCAGUGGCUGAUGAACCGUCCUCAAACCAGGAACAACCCCAACCACCGUCCGUAUUCCAUCCACCUCAACCUUCCAACCCUCCCUCUGCGGGCCCUUCGUCUCUUCCCCAAAUGACUCAAAGCGGCACUUCAAGGGUGUUCUCUCAACCUCCUCCUUCACCUUCGAAAACCAGGCCGACAACCCCCUCCAGCGCCGCAAAGGCAAGGCCCAAGCCCACUUUUACUGCUGCCUUCGCCCCUCCCGUUUCCAAGACCUCGCCUAAAAAGGUCCCAUCUAAGCGUCUGCAGCGGGAGGAGAGCGACAUUGAGAACGUCGAUGCUGACCGACCCAGUCCUGCCAAGCGGCAAGCGUUGGCUGACAAGGGAGCAGAUACUGCUCACAAACCAACGACAGCACAGGCAUCCUCUUCAGCAACCAUGAGCAAGCCCAAGCCAUUCACCCCCAGUAAGCAGGCACAGGCAUCGACGUCAGCGGCCGAAAGGCCCGGGUCGCAACUGCGACAACCAACAGGCUAUCUGGCUCGCCGCAAGAGUCUGGCGACAGGCCUGGGCUCGCAACCUGGAGCUUUUCAGUCGCCUAUGAGAAGAGCUGUGUCGGCGGGGCGGGCGAGUAUGGGCUCGGGAGCCCAAGAUGCUUGGAAGCGCUUCGAUAAAUCAAAUCCUCCUGUGCCCCCCACAACGGUGGUGCCAACACCCUCGCAGCCAGAACGAGAGCCUAUGGAUGAAGACCCCGCCCCCGAGACACAACCCGAUCCACAGACGCGAUCGCCAUCCCCCAGGGAGGAACCUGUGGCUAGCCCAAGGAAUGUCGACCUUUCUGCGGUACUAUCCGGGCCUACCUUUGGCGACAUGGACGAGGACGUCGACACUGCACAAGACAAGGCUGAACGAUGGCGAGCCGGUGUCCAGGAGGCCGCUGGAGAGGACGACUACGAGGACGAAGACAUUCCCGCAAUCUCUAUUGCCCAAUUCUUCGAGUUAACUGGCAUUAAGUUCAUGGACGAGAUUGCCGCCCCUCGAAGGUCUAUUCACCCUGGACAGCAACUGUCCAGGCGUCCUCGUCCAAAGGAGGACAUUGGGCUUGCUGAAUAUGCCGUUGCCAUGGCCAUUGACAUUCCACAGCUCGAGCUGUACACCAGGGUUUCGAGGGACCUUGAGGCUUGGAUGGAGAAGAGCAAGAUCGCCUUUGCUGAGGCCGAGGAGGAAGCAGCGAAAGUGACGCCCGAGCUCUUUGUAGAAUACUCGAGAGCGGAUGAGGAGGGUCAGGCAGAGUUGCUGCACCAACUCAAUUUCAUCAAGACCAAUGCUCGCGGGUCAGCCAAAUCUGACUGGUAUGACUGGAAGUUGAAGUGGGUGGAAGGAUUAAAGAGCACUGCCGACAGGGCCUUCGAGGAUCUUCAAUCUGACGCGAAGAAACUGGAAGCCUUGGAUGCGGCUGCAAAGGAGCUCAUUCCAGAUCUCGAGAAGGAAUAUGAAGAGAUCAUGGCUGAGCUUGAGCGUGAGCAGGCGGAAGUGGCCGAUAUCGAAGCAAGCGACCAAGACUACCUUACUGAACUGAAGACAUCCAUCGCAGAUCAAAACUUCGAGAUUGAAGCCCUCAAAGGAGAAGUUGACGAGCAUAAGCAGCAGCUGACUUGGCUCAACGAGCGUUUGCGGGAGACCGAGCAACAGAAGCAGGAAGUAUCUUCUGCGAUUGCCAAAGCGGAACGCGUACUGCAGAUCCAAAAAAGCUCGACGCGGGCGGAAGUCUUCCAGCUCAAAGACGAAUUGGACGCCCUUGAAGAUCUCCACCUCACUCGAAUCAUCAAAGUCAACGCGCAAGUCUUCGAGUUUAUCUACGACUCAACAUAUCGCGUCUCGAUUCCCUGCACCAACUUCGUGCCCAUCGUCUCUAAAGUCAACAUCAUGCGCUUAGAACACACACGGACGACAUUCAAAGACGACUUCCCCAAGCUCACGAAUUUAUUCGUGGCUUGCGCAGCUGCCAUUCUCGACGAAGAGCGGGACUUAACCGUGCGCCACAUCGUUCGCCGGUUAAGCGACUAUUGGGUCGCAUGUGGCCAGCUGCGUUCGCAUAUUCGCCUUUUGAACAUCAAAUACCCCGUUGAGGUGGAGAUUGCUCCGCCAUCGUCGAAAACCCCGACGCCAACGUUCAAGGCGCGCGCUACGCUCAUGUUCCCCAAAGUCAUGGGCAAAGCGAUCGUCUCGUUCUCUUUCAAUCUUCAGACAUUUAGUGAAUGGCCUUUAUCUAUUGACUCUCUCGAGUGCGAUGCUGAAGUAUCGUACGGAAGUGUUGAUCGCUCAGAAAUUUUGAAAGCGAUCGUCAACCGAAUUACGCAGGCCACUCCCUCCGAUAAUUACGCCCUCUUGGAUUCAUGCAUUGACGCACAGUCGCUGUACAGUUAG